AAUGAGGGAAAAUAAAACCUCUUGCAAUCGGAACAGAUCUCAUUGGCCAUAGGGCUUGUAUCACUGAAACUUCAACAGCAGAUCAUAAUUCUGUGAUUUAACUGUGGUACAGUAAUCAUGAAUUCAAUGUUUUGAUUUGCAGAUUUAUUUUAUGCAUUGGUGAGUAAUCUGAUAGGGACUAGUGUAGCAUAACAGUAAACUAACAGUAGUCCCUUUAUUGAGAACUAAUUCAAACCUAUGUUCGAUGACAUAAUUGUUGCUAUUGUUGGACCAUUCAUCCUCAAUAUACAUCUGCAUAUUAAUAUAACAUUACAGUUUCUUCCUCCCUAAUGCAAUCAGCCCAAUCCUUGCGGCAUGAACACUCAUUGUUGGAACUGCAACUUCACGUUGAAUUUUAAGGGUGAGCUAUUUGCAGCCAUUCUGGGGAUUCAAGUCUCAAACUGAGAAGCACCUUACAAGGGUUACCCUUUAAUGAUUGAAAAUAUGAAUGCACAAUUGUCACCUCGUGAUGACCUGCCAUUCACACUGAGAUCUCAGUAACUUUAAAGGCAUGCAAAUUUCAACGUCGUUAGUGACUGCUUAACACUCCAUGAGAAAUUGUGCUAUAUAUUGGCAUAAAAAAACUCUGUCAACAUUGAAUAAUCACUUGAAAGAUUUGGCACAAUGGAAUGCAGUUAACACCCAUAAAGACGCUGCUUUCUUGCAAUGACAGGCCCUGUCAAUCUUUGAUAUAACAAGGGACCGGUUCUCAUGAUGGAUCAUGCACAGGCUCAAUUAGUAUGCUUGAUGAAUGUGGAUGUCCUGCAUGUCAUUGAUGGGUGUUGGGUUAGAGCACAGCCCUCAUGAGCCCUGUUAAUGACCAGACGUCACCCUCCAGCUAUCCAGAGGAUACGCAGGGCAGCUUCAAAUAGUCAGUGCUUUCUUUCAGUGUUCAAUUGAAACUUGGUGAUGACUAUUUACUUUGGUCUCUCUGGAGAGACAAACUGCAACUGAAUCCAAAAGUAGGCUGGGCUUCAGGACGUAUCUGUUCAUAGCACGAAUGUUGUUAGGAUCAAAACGCUUCUGCAUCUUGCUGAAUAUCACCGCAGACAUUUCCUUCACCGUAUUUACAAAGAUCCCGCUUUGUGAUGAGGUUCCCCAUCACCCUCGCUUUCUGCACCAUGUUCGGAGUCGCUGUGGCUCUAACCAGGCCACAACCUAAGGUGGCUUCCAGGAAUACUGGGCCCAACAGAAGGACACCCAGCCCCUCGAGUGGGGAAUCUGUGCCACCUGCCGCUCACCCACAACUAGCCCUCGGUAACCUCACCGCCACAGAAGACAAUGACAACCUGGUGUCCAAUGUCAGGACUCUGGCACAGACCCUCCACCAAUGUUCAAAAUCAACGAGUGCAGAAGAAAUGAAACUUAACUUCUUGAAAAGCACCACAGUGACUUGCAACGAUGGAACUCCAGCUGGAUAUUAUCUGCGGGCGUCCAAAGGAAGUCGCCGAUGGCUAAUAUUUCUGGAAGGUGGCUGGUGUUGUUACAACAAGGAGAGCUGUGAUGCAAGAUACAGAUCAAUCCCACGCCUCAUGAGUUCUACCGAUUGGCCACUGACACAGAAAGGUUCUGGAAUUCUCUCUGCGGAUCCUGAAGAAAACCCUCAGUGGUGGAACGCUAACAUUGUCAUUGUACCUUACUGUUCAAGUGACGUAUGGAGUGGAACUGCACCAAAGGCCCGUCAAGCGGACUAUGCAUUCAUGGGUUCGUUGAUUCUGAGGGAAGUAAUUAAAGAUUUAGUCCCCAAGGGCAUUAAGUUGGCAAAGAUUGUCAUGCUUGCUGGAACCAGUGCUGGUGGGACUGGAGUGAUGCUGAACAUUGAACGUAUCGCCAACCUACUCACACAGCUGGGUGCUGAUGUCCAGGUGCGGGGGCUGGUGGACUCUGGCUGGUUCCUGGACAAUAAACAGCCUCGCCAGAAUGAAUGCACUGAUGUGACCUCCUGCAGCCCCAACUACGUCAUUAAAAAAGGACUCCGGUUGUGGAACGCCGUUAUUCCUGAACGAUGCAGGCAGCUGUUCAGACGGGGCGAUGAGUGGCAGUGUUUCUUUGGCUACCGGAUUUAUCCAACACUAAAAUCCCCAGUGUUUGUGGUGCAGUGGCUCUUUGAUGAAGAACAGCUGAAAAUGGAGAAUAUUCAACUGGGAAGCCAUUCACUGACAGAGAGCCAGUGGAACUACAUCCAGAAUUUGGGCAGAGACCUCAGAAAUUCUCUGCGAGAUGUAUCAGCGGUGUUUGCCCCAGCAUGUCUGUCACAUACCUUGAUCUCCAAGAGCAACUGGCUGGACUUUCAGGUGCGGGGAACUUCCUUGAAUCGAGCGCUACAGUGUUGGGAUCGGAGUCUUCAGGAAAACAAGAACUCGCGGCCCGCAGCCAGGAAUUGUUCAUUCCAUCUUAUAGACCAGUGCCGCCUGCCACACUGCAACCCCACCUGCCCAGCCCUGCGCGACCUGGUGACGGGCCAGGAGGUGAACAUGGUCCAGUUACUGAUGAACAUGGGCUUUGAUGUACAGAGAAUAUCCGAGCAGCUUGGAGUGGCGCCGCGCCAACUCCUGGGGAUGCUGAGUACUGGGGGUUAGUCCCAGCGCUCACCUGCUCCCUCCUUCCUUCCCU